AAAUCAUUGCUUGAAUUUUGAAAUUGUGAAAUCCUUCAAAAUAUGCUUAAAAAUAUUGUCAGUAUUUUUAAAAUUUCGAUUUAAUAAAAUUAUAAAGUAUCUAAACUUAGUACGUAUGAAUUGCAGGUAUUUCUAUUUGUUGUUGGAUGUUGAGCAGCUCGACGGAGGGGAUCAGAAGUCGGCACUGUACGCUCAAAGUCUGUUCCGGAAGGUGUGUACUGAAUUAUUUGGAGAAGCAGGAGUAGGUCACGUGGAUGUACUUAGUGUUCACGGCUCACAGGUAGUAGUGCGGCUAAGGCCUGACUUUCUACGUUCCUUCAGAGCAGCAAUAGCUCUUUCUGCCAGGAGGAUUCACGUUUGCCGAGAAGCACCUUCACUACAGGCUUUGCUUUAACAUUGUCAUCAAAAAUUAAUAAUGUCUGGUGGAUCUGGUGAACCAAAUACUACAAGUAGAAGGACAUGGAGUGUUAGUGAGGAUGGCAAGCACACAGUUGUUGUGGCAAGCCGCAGUGAGUUGAGUACACCUAGUACUGUAUCCCUACCUCCCCCAGAGCCUGCUCCAGGUCUUAUAUUACCUGAUGGGUCUAUCAAUUGGGGCUGUCCUUGUCUUGGUGGCAUGGCCACGGGGCCCUGCGGAACUCAAUUCCGUGACGCAUUUUCCUGCUUCCAUUAUAGUGAAGCUGAACCAAAAGGCAGUGAUUGUUAUGAAAAGUUCAGUGUAAUGCAAGAGUGCAUGGCACAGUACCCUGAAUUGUAUGGCAAGGAUGAUGAUGAUGAUGAACUUGCUGCUGCUAUGGAGGAGUCUGCAGCUACCAGUGAAGAUUCUACAACCAAAGAUGAAAAAAAGAAAUUGUAACAUUACUAAAACUUAAAAAAACAAACUUAGUAGACUCCAAAGCUAUUGAUAAUAGUGAACAUGAAACUGCCAGUAUUUAGAAGAUACUUACUCAAAUGAUUUAGUAAUGUUAAUUGCCAAGUCGCAUACAUUUAUUUAUACUGGGAAAACCAAUUAUAAAUCCAUAUUUAAAGUAUUUAGCUGCCAUGGCAAGAUGAAUCAAUUAGAUUUUGCAGUAGUUAGUGACAGUGUUAUACCUUAUGAUACUAUGUAUUAAACUUAGAAUAGUUAAUAAAAUAAGUGGAUAUGGAAAUAUUAUGUCCUAUAGUCAAUAUUAUUUGUUAAUUAUAAAAAAUAUCCUUA